AUGUAAACAAGCACAGCGGGAAUCGGAUUGUAUUCCUUAUUUUCUAAAAUUAAUUGAAAAACAAUCAAUAAAAUUUAAAAUUUCGACAUGGAAGGUUCUCUCGAGAGGUGUUUUAUUUGUGCGGAUGAAUCAAGUUUGGUUUAUCGAAACCUGAUGGAACUGGUAACGAAGUAUUCGGGCACAUCAGUACAUAAAGUGAUCGAACGUUUCCUUGGUGGAGAUUUUUCUGAAAAUUUCGCAGAUCUUAUAGCCCCUGUCAUUUGCCAGGAGUGCGUUGUAAAGUUGAACGAUUAUGAUGCGGCUUAUACGAAGGCGUUAAUUAUCCAGAAAGAAUUCACCGAUCUACUUAAGAAAAGUUUAACUCUCGUAGGCGACAAGAUCCACGUAAGUGAGAUGCUUUUCAAAGAGGAACCGGAGAGUUUGUACGUCGAUGAAAUUGUAGAAUGCGAUCAGGAGCACGUUGGUGGUUCGGUUGACAACGGAGUUCAAGAUACGGUCAAGCUAGAAGAGAUUGUGUCUAUGAAAUGUAACACCUGCGGAGAGUGUUUCCGUUCGAUUCAUGAGAUGCGAAGCCAUUCGCACAAGCAAAAAGUAGAGGAAGAACAAAAGCAGGAUUCCGACGGGGAAAUGGAGUUCCAUUUGGAGUUUUUAGAUGAAACGGAUAAUUUCAAUUUGGAAGAUGUCGAAUAUAUUGAUGAAGAACGGUUAUAUGAAGACGAGGAUGAAUCAAAAGAUGGGGAAGUUAUUGGCCAAGAAAGGCUCACUGAUACGGAAGAAAUGUCAGAAGAAAAGGAGACAGCAGAAAUUAAACCGAAAGUGGAAAGUGCGAAGAACAAAUGUCUAGAGUGUAACAUAAAUUUAGGAUCAAAACUUAAAUUGAAGAAACACAUCCGUGAUCACCAUUCAGCAAGCAACGAUGUCGGUGGCAAUGUGUGUCAUAUUUGUGGUGUUACGGUUAAAACCAAAUCCCAUCUGACUGCCCAUGUUGCUAGACAUAGUCGAAAUAAUGACUUCACAUGCGUUUUUUGUGCGAAAAAAUUUCGAAGCAAUGGAGCGUUGAUACGACAUCUUCCGUUGCAUACAGGUGAGAAGCCCUUUCAAUGUGAACAGUGCGGAAAGCGAUUCUGCCAUCAGUCUUCGUUUAAUAUGCAUCGACUUAUGCAUGAUGAUAUCCGAGAGAAAAAAUGUGAGAUUUGUGGCUAUCGGCUUCGCAACGGAUCUCACCUUAAGCGGCAUAUGCGGAUGCAUUCCGGAGAAAGACCGUUUGAGUGUCCGACUUGUGGUCAAAAAUUUGCUCAAAGGUAUAACAUGACAGCUCAUUUGAAAGCUCAUCAAGGAAUUUACCGUGAACAAUCGAAGGUUUACAAGUGUCCUUUAUGUGACUCUACGUUCCAGCGAAAGCUUAAACUACAAGAGCAUUUGACUAGAGAGCACAAUACCACAGUAGAUUCGGCACUGCUGAAGCCAUCGGAACGCACCAAGGCCAACAAAAAAAUCGCAAAGACGGAACAAUUCUUAAAACAAGAAAGCAUAAAGUCAAUAGACAAUUAACUUAUAUAUUUUUACAAUAUUUCCAAUA